AUGCUUUUACGCCUCUGCUUCAAAAAUCUUGCAGAUAGCUUCAACAAUGAGCAGCGUUCAAGUACUCAUUGUUAUCGAGCCAAGACGCAAUUCGCCGAAAAAGAAUCACAAAGAUGCGAUUACCAAAUCAAUCCGAAGAUGAAUUCCUAUGAAUUGCACGUUUACUUACCAAAACUGAGAAUCGAAUUGGUCUAAGCUUCUUCCUUCUCCCUCAGGUCAAAAUCAAAAUCAAAUUCACCGAGGAGAUUGCUUCCUCAACGGCAAUUGGGGAAAAAGCUAAUCGAAACCCUAGAAAAACCCUCGACUGAGUAAAAAAAAAGAUCCGAAGAGAUGAUCAGCCCGCCGCCUUUAAUCGAAUCUAAGCCGUUAAUUUCCAGCCAACCAAAUCUAGACGGCCACAAAUAUCCCUUCGAUUUUUACCGUCGAGAUUUAGAUCUAACGGCUGCGAAGGCUACGGCGCAAUCUAGUGAAUCUGGAGCGCGUGAGUAUAAAUACUCCAAAUUGCAAGGGCAUCAGAUUACACGUGUUACUAGAGCGCGUGUUAUAGACGCGGCUACCGACCGACAUUGUCUCUACUAUUUUGACUAUUUUAUCCAUUUAACGCGCCUUGUUAAUAGCGUUUGAAUAACACGUGCCUAUGAAUCUUUUUAUUUUCAGGCCCUUUAAACCCCCACAAAGCCCAGUAGUAAAAUAUUAAUUAUAUUUUUUACGUCAUUUUUUGAUAUGGGCUUGUGAUUAAUGUUUAUUAUGUUAACACCUUUGCAAUGUUGACAAUUUCCUGUCAAGCUUAAAUGUAGAGGUGGGCAUUUCGGUUUAACUUUGGGUUCGGUUUAAAUUCGAUUUAUUUGGGUUUCGUAAAACUCUAACCAAACUCAACCGAAGUUAGUUUGGUUCG